AUGUUCUUAUAUAUUUUAAUUAAAGCUUCUCCUAAUACUUCUUCUUUAGUUUUCUGUUCUGCUGGCUCUUUAAAGCACUUAUUUAAUUUAUGGUUAAGUAUUUUCUUAAGGACAUUGAUCAUAUGAGUAACUUUGUCUUGUGUUUGGCUGCUGCCUUCUGCUUUAGCAUUGGUAUUCCAUAGAUGUAAGCUGUCCUUAAGUGCUCUAUUUGAUUUAAAUACGCUGCGGAGUAAAGACUUCUUAUAUUUUUCAACUGUUUUAUCUUCAUUAUCUGCGAAUUCUCCAAUUGAUUUGUGAGUUUUAGCGAGCUUCCAUUUGAGCAAGGCAAUUUUUGGAGCAAUUUUCAUAUUAAUAGCGUUCAUUGCGAGGUUUUUGAAAACUGAAGACUGUUUGUCGCUUGGACCAAUUAUAAGGUCUCUCCAUUUUCUUAAGCUGUCUCGAGGCUGCUUUUGAAGAAUUUCCUUGACUACUGUGGCAGCGAGAUUUUUGGUUGCAUCAUCAGUUUUAUCUUUUUGCUUGUCUAGAGCUUUGGUUUUCCAAUAA